GCCAGCGAUGAGCAGAUAUCCCUAUAAAUCGAACCCGCUUGCAGGAGCCCGGCUCAGCUCAGCAUACAAGCAUGGGAGCAAGGACGGAUGGCACUGAUGCUUCCGCCGCUCUACGAAACCGGCUUCCUGGGCUCUCCAUCAGCACGUCAAGAACACCGGCUGGUAGAGGCGCGGCCCAGGAGCCCGUGAGCCCUACGGCUAGGCUUGUGAAGGAUGUAUACAUCGUGGUGUCCUUCGGGUUUGGAGCGCCGCUAGACCUGCCCGUCUUCCGUGACGGCAUCCAGAACCAGCUCGCCCGAUACCGCCGCUUCCGCAGCAUCCAAGUGAUGUCUAAGGAGGGCACCCUGCAGUGGGUGGUGGGCACGGAGGUGAACGUGGACAGCCACAUCAUCUUCCCAACGCUGGACCCCGCAGCCGUGGCGGCCGACCCGGACAAAGCCGUGGAGGACUACGUGGCAUCACUGUCGACGCUCCCCAUGGACCACACCCGCCCGGCCUGGGAGUUCCACCUCCUGGACAUCCCCACCUCCGAGGCGACUUUCACCGCUGCGGCCCGCGUGCACCACUCCUUCGGCGACGGCGUGUCGCUCAUCACGCUCUUCAUCGCCGCCACACGGAGCGCCGCCGACCCGACGAGGCUGCCGGCCAUGCUGCCGCCGCCCAAGCGCAAGGGCGCUAUCUACGCCCUCCAGCGCCGGCCCUCGCCUACCGCGGGCUUUCUGGCAUUCCUCGUGUGGGUCUGCUCGUAUCUCGUGCUGGCGUGGCAUACUGUCGUCGACGUCUGGUCCUUCGUUGCCACCAUCGUGUUCAUUCGAGAUCCGCCCACGCUGUUCAUGCAUGCAAGCAACAGCGAGACCCGUCGGACACGCUUCGUGCACCGGAGCCUUAGCCUUGACGACAUCAAGUUUCUGAAGAAUGUCAUGAACUGCACUGUCAAUGACGUGUUAGUUGGAGUAACUUCUGCCGCUCUAUCACAGUAUUACUUUCGGAACUCUGGUGACACUAGGACUAGCAAACUCUGCGUGCGGUCGAUCCUCAUAGUCAACCUAAGGCCAACAGAUAGCCUGCAAACAUAUGUCAAUAUGAUAGAGUCCGGCGAUAGUAAUGAUGUGAAAUGGGGUAAUCGAUUUGGCUACAUCAUCCUUCCAUUUCAUAUAGCCAUGCACAAUGAUCCACUCGAAUAUGUUCGCAAGACAAAAAGGAUGGUGGAAAGGAAAAAGAGAUCACUAGAAGUCAUCUUCACAAAUAUGGUUACAGAAUUUACACUCAAAUUUUUUGGCGCAAAGGCAGGAGCUUUUAUCUUCAACCGUAUGUUCAAACAUGUAAGCAUAGGGUUCUCAAACGUGAGUGGACCAACUGAGCAGGUCGUGUUUUGUGGGCAUCCAGUCAAAUUCAUUGCGCCUAGCGUCUACGGGCCUCCACAGGCUCUGUUUGUGCACUACCAAAGUUACGGCAGCGCUAUGAAGGUGAUUCUAGCGGUUGAUGAGGCAGUGUUUCCAGAUUAUAUUCAACUUUUGGAUGACUUCUCUGAGUCUCUCCGGCUCAUUAAAGGCGCAGCUUCAAGCCUCUCGACGACAUCGAUCAAGAAUGACUAAUCAAGUAAUGAACAAUCGGAUCAGUGUGUCACUUCUAGCCUACACAUAUGUGCGUUAAAUAAAAGUGUAUAUCAUUGGAAAGGCCAUUUGGGUCUUGGGUUUCAGGCACCCACCGUCUGGGCCAAGCUAUAGGCUGUUGGACCCCAAAAGAUAACGGGAGACCAAUGUUUCAAUAUAGUAGCGACCGGCGACCAGUGUUAUGGCCAAAUAGGCCUGCUAUUUGGCCAAAUUAUAGCUAGCAAUAACACAGCAGCUCUAUAUAUGAUUACUAGCCGUGUUAAUACUUUUGGUCACGUCCGGAAGGAAAUAAAGAAUCUGAACAAGGA